UAUAAUUUUUGUUCCAUGUAUACCGCAGUUAACUUUUACCACAUUUGUGUGUGUCGCAAAUCAAUUGACAUAGUUUCAAUACGUCGCAUCAGAGCAUAGAUACAUUCAGUGAAAAAGUUUACAUCUGAAAGAAGCGCUACAAUUGGAGCAUAUUGUUUGCUAUAUCGAAUAUAAAUUAUGAAAAUUAAUUACACGCUACUGUCUUUAAAGGCACAUUAUUUCUUUUUUAUGGGAGGUAUGGGAUCUAUUUUUCCAUUUAUACCUGUUUAUGGUAAACAACUUGGUAUUUCUCCAAUAAUAAUGGGUAGUAUCACUACCGUUUUACCUAUUCUAUAUAUGAUUACUCAACCAAUAUUCGGCCUCAUUAUGGAUUAUUUUCAAACUAAAAAAAGAUUGAUCUUUAUGGCUGUACUCGUCGUUGCAAAUAGUUCUUAUAUUCUAUUGUAUUUUCUACCCUCUUUGCCGGGACCAAUAUUACCAGAUCAUCAGUUCCAAAACGUUUCCUGUGCAUUUUUACCAUUUUGUGAUAUAAAUUCUAAUUCCUCAGUAGUAUUAUGUGACGGUACGAAAAACACUACAUGUCACUGGAAAUGCAAAGAUACAAAUUUUUCCUUGCAAUUAUCUUUUCAUGCAGCUGAAGAAGAAGCAGUUAUUUCAUCAAACACUAGCUGUUUAUUAAAUUUUGACGAAAUAUCGUUAUGUCAAGAAAAGACAACAGAAAAUUAUAAUUGCAAUGUUACUUGUGAUAAUUUUGACAAUAAUUAUUGUUUAUAUACAUCCAUUACUUUUUGGGGAUUCGUCCUCUUAAUAUCGCUUGGCAAUAUUGGUAUUAUUCUUUUAUUUAAUAUAAAUAGCGCAAUUUGUUUUGAGAUAUUAGGUAAAGGUGAAGAAAUGAAAUAUGGUAGACAGCGUCUAUGGGGUGAAAUCAGUUACGGUUCAGCCGGAUUUUUAAUUGGCUAUACAGUGGAUGUAUGGUCUCAAGGGAAACAAGAUCUUGCUAUAAAAACCGGUUAUAUGAGUAAAAUAAAAUUAAUAGAAGGUUUAACCGUAGCUGCGGAAGCUUUUGCAUGCAUAAUAUUCUUUCCUGUAUCUGGUAAAAUAUUGAAUAAAUUAGGAUAUAGUUACACCUUUAUUCUCUCUCUCAUAUUUUAUGCACUACGACUAGGAUUAAUAUCUGUAGCACCAACACCAUGGUGGAUAGUUCCAAUAGAAUUUAUUAUGCUAGGACCAUCAUAUGCACUUUCCUUCGUGGCAACAGUAGCGUUCGCUAAUGCAAAUUCAUCACCAAAUUUAUCUGGUUCUGCUCAAGGAAUUUUAUCAGGAAUGAAAGGUUUUGGUUUUGCUGUCGGUAAUUUAGUGGGAAGUACCUUAUUAAAAAAAUAUGGUGGUGCAUUGACUCUACAAAUAUAUUCAAUAUGUGCAGCAUUUUGUGCGCUAAUGUAUUUUCUACUUCACAUUACAUAUUUAAAACAUAAAACACCAGGAACACAAAAUAAUAUUGAAUGGGAAGAAUCUGAUAACGCGCAUGAAGACAUUGUAUUGUAG